AUGGCUUCCGAGCUGGCAAACUCCGCGUGGAAGGUGAUUCCAAUGUUCGAAUCGCGAUCGAUACCCCGCACAAUCGAAUUCUACACUCAAAAGCUCGGAUUUGAACUUGGCAGCGUAAAGCCUGAGGAUGGGUCUUCUGAGCUGUUCUUCUGUUCCUUAGCCAUCGGCAAGAAAGCGGAUGCGAAUUUCUACUUCUUCAAGUCAGAUGAAGAAUUCAAAGCAUCCCAGGCGAUGAUCGCUUUGGGCACGUCUGAAUUAGAUGAAUAUUACGAGGUCCUUAAGGUACUGCCUGAGGUGGAAAUCACUGAGGAGAUUGAGGAUAAGCCUUGGGGUUAUCGACAGUUUACAAUAAGAGAUACCGAUGGCAAUCAUUUGUCGUUUUUCAAAUUCUUGGAAGGGGGAAACCCGGGAAAUGAGUGA